CAAUGAUUACCAAUUAUUUUCCUAAGAAUUAAACAUAAAAACAAAAAGCAAAUUUCCAAGUCCUCUUCUUUGAUUCCAUUUCCAUGUGAACUGUGACACCACUGAACAGUAACCACCACUAUAUUCCUUUCGCCAGAUAAACAAACCAAAUUAAUCCACAAUUUAGGGUUUUUUAAUCACAAGUUGUGUUUGUAUACUGUAGACACAAUCACCAGUAAUGUCAGAUUAGGGUUCUUGCUUCCAGACACAACUCUCAGAAACCACAGUUGUGGAAUCAGAUCGAAACCACAAUUCCUUCCUUCUGAAGCUGAAUUUUGACCAAACCCAUCAUCAUUUGAUUGAUAUCUAUAUCAGGAUCUAGGGUUACUGAAUUUGAUCAUUUGCAAAUUGCAAUGGGGGGAAAUGAAAUAACUGUUGUAAUGGAAUUGAAGCUGGAAGAAGAUGAGGACGAGUUCCGAAGUUGUUGUGCAGAUGAGGAGGAGCUCGAUGUGGAAGAAAUUACGAAACAAGGUUUAAAAAUUUGCACCGAUGAUGAAUUUCUUGAUGAAUUUUCUGUACGAAUGUUCUUCAAGGGUGUAUCGAUUUCAAAUCAUGGAAACAAUGGCUUCAAUGUCUCUGGUAUCGGGGUUGUAAUGGAAGGAGCUAACAAGGUUCCUGUUAUUCAAGUGCAAAAAAAGCUUGAUUUCUUUGUAGAAGAAUCAGUUGCAGAUUAUUUGGCUUUAAUGGAAGGUCUAUUAGAAGCUACACAAAAUAACAUCAAAAGAGUAUUCGCAUACACCAAUUCCACAAUCUUAUUUCAUCAGAUUACAACCGAAAAAACAUUGGAAAACCCACUUCUCAUGGCAUUGAAGCAAAGAGUUCUAGAACAUGUCACAAAUCUUGAUCAUUUUGUUCUAAAAUAUGUUCCCAAUGUUUUAGAGGCGUUACAUCUUGCUAAAGUGGCAAUUGGAAUGAUUCAUCUUCCAAUUAAAGGCGAUAAUUCAGUCCAAAAAUGUUCAAUUUGUUUAGAAGAAAAACCAACACCAAUAACAAUCACAAUGAAAUGCUCCCACAAAUUUUGUUCAAGUUGCAUCAAAUCUCACGUUGAAGAAAAACUCGAGUCCUCUCAAGUCCCGGUUAAAUGCCCUUGUGUAAAUUGCCGAUAUUACAUUUCUACCCCUGAGUUCAAAUCUUUUCUUCCGGUUGUUUCUAAUGCAUUGUUGGAGGACACAAUGAAUUCGAUUGGUGGAGAUAAAUUUUAUUGCCCGUUUUCUGAUUGCUCGGUUUUGCUUGAUCCAUGUUGUGAUUUGAAUGAUAAUAAUAAUAGUAAUUGUGUGGAGUGUCCGGUUUGCUUGAGGUUUAUAUGUGUGAAAUGUGGGGUGACGUGGCAUGCUUCAAUGAGCUGUGAUGAGUUUCAAGACCGCCCUCCGGUGGCGGUAGAUGGUGGUGGCGGGGUGGAGAUUGGAAGAUGGAGGCGGUGCGAGAUGUGUGAAAGGAUGAUUGAAUUGACACGUGAUCACAUGACUUGUUGGUGUGGACAUGAGUUUUGUUAUUCAUGUGGGGCCCAAUACAUUGACAGUGAACAAACAUGCGAAUGUGCGAUAUUGGGAAGUGAUGGAGGAGGAGAAAAUGACGAAUUUACCCUUACACAGAAUAUUGGUUCUGGUACUGCGAUUGAGGAAUGGGCAUGGGAUUCAUGUGGAUCACUUUCAAAUUUGAUGGAUGCGUAUUCAGAUCAAGAAAGAUCACAACUUGCAUUGAUUCAAAGAUUUCUUGCUGGAGGAUUUAGUCUUGGAGAUCAUCAAACAUCCAUGUAUCAAUCUCAAUCUCAAUCUCAAUCUCCUCCACAUCAAUGCACAGAUUCUGGAUCUUCGUAUCUUGAUAACACCAUGAAAGACCUUCAUCAGCUUCCUUGGCUUGAGAGAUAA